CUUGCGUGGACUGGGUGGGCGCGCUCUUUAUGACAGGUCGGAGAAAAAAAAGGAAGAGGGGGAGUAGUAGGCAAGCGAGAGAGUGUACGAGCCUGCGCUCGUCAGCGCGAGAGAGAGGGGGGAGGGGGGAGGGGGGGUCCAGCUGCAAAAAAAAAAAAAAAAAAAAAAAAGAUACGGCGUAACAAUGGCAGCAUCGAGCACCUUGUAGAUGGUGUAAAACAAUCGAAAGGACGCCAUAAAUUAGGAAUAUGAGAACGUGCAACAUGAAUGUACUCUGAAAUCUGGAAGUCAUGUGGAAAAUGGAAUGGUUAAGGUCCUAAUUUGUUUCCUGGAAUACGAAGACUGCUGUAAUUUAAAAUGGAGUGGUAGGGGGGAGAGAAGCGCGCUGGCUCCAUCACUGAGAGGCGCGUCCACCUGCUAGUACUGGAGGUCCGGGUUCGGGGAAAAUAUGGAGAAGUGCCUGUAUUGAGUAAAAAAGACACAUUUCUGAUUUUGUAACAGAAGGAGGGGGCAGGGGCUCCUGGCGACGAGGAGAAAGCGCAGUUUGGGUGCAUCGAGAGGUUGUGCAGAUGUAAUGAUGCAUGGGAGGGACAGAAUCUGGCCACAUUGAUGGAUGUUCUGCAAGAGCCCAACCUCGCUGUGCAGGCCCUGAACACACCGCGGAUCAAUGGAGCGGAUGAGAGUGGGUCACAUGACGAGGGAGGUCAUCUGAAGCCCUACGCUGCUGCAGAUGCUGCUGUUCCUUUCCCGUCCUCGGCUGCCGCAGCGAGUGCGCACAGAGGCAGCCAGAGAGCUGCUCUGACUUCAAAAGAGCCCUGCGUGCUGAGCCCGCCCUCUCCCCUGAGCCUGACUGAGGCGUCGGAACACGCCACAGAUGAGUCCUCCACCCACGCCAUCGCGCUCACGUCCUGCGUCACGAAGGGCGUGAGCCCGUGGUCCCUGCCGGAGGACUGCGACAAGGCCCCCUUCACCAUGAUGGAGCCGGGGGCCGUCUCUGCCCUCACGGAGGACUGCCUGAUGCAGCAGAGCCGCACCUGCCUGGGCUGCUUCAUCGAGACCAAGGAUGCGGCGGACACCGAGCCCGGGCUCGGCCUGAAGAUGGGCGAGAUGAACCAGGACUACGACGCCUGUUCCAUCUCUGACAUGGGUAUGCAGUGCAUGAGCUCCGGCGACACCAGCCAGUACGGGGACCAGCUCCUGUCUGACCAGCUCCUGAGCUUCCCCGUGCACAAGCCCCCGGCGGAGGAAAAGAGGGACGUGGAGAAGUCAGACAGCGAUUCGGAGGACCCCGCCUCCAAGAACCUGUACGAGGGCCUGCUGCUGGAUAAGUGCAACGGUGAAGAGGCUCUGCUGACCAACCCUGGCCAGGACUGGGGCUACUUUGAAUCCUUCAUAAGCGAGAGCAAAAUGGAGCUGCUGGACCUGUGCUCGAAGAACGAGCUCUCGGUUAACCUCUUCUCGGAGGAAGACGUGGACAACUACAUGUUUGAUGACGAUGAUGAUGACUCCACCCUGAGCAGCGACGUAUGCUCCCUCAAGAUCCGCUACGAGUCCUUCCAGGACAACAUGCGGGAGAAGACCAAUGCCCUUCAGGAGGACGCCCAGUUCAACUUUUUCCCGAGCGUCCUCGUCAACUGCGCCAAGAAGGAUGGCUCUGUCAUCAAGAAGGAUGCGGAGAGCUUACAGCUAAAGGAGGAUGAAAUCCGUCUUCUGGAGAGUGAGAACAAGAACGGCAGCCCCGCUGGUGAGACGCCCGACGUCAGCCCGAAAAGGCAUUAUAUAUUUGACUUCAACAACUCCACUGAGGACUCUGGGGAAUUCAGUGAUGACAGCUCCUCUACUGGCUCAUCCUUUGACACUCUCCGAGAGGCUAAAGGCAGGAACAAUUUUCUGUCCAGGGAGAAUUCCUGCUCAUCCAGUCAGCUGAACUACGGACUGAGGGCCAAGAGAAAAGUACGAUUCAGUGAGGACUACCUGUACGACGUGGAUUCCAUCGAGAGUGAGAGGAAUGCGGAAAAACGUGAGAAGCAGCCUGCAGGCCCAAAAAAGGAGGAGGACGACGACUGGUGCCCCAAAAAGAGGCGAAAAUCCUCCCGAAAGGAGCCUCCAGUGAUCAUCAAAUACAUCAUCAUCAAUAGGUUCAAAGGAGAGAAACACAUGUUAGUUAAGCUCGGAAAAAUAGAUCCGACAAUCACGACGGUGAGCUUAAACAGGGAUGCGUUGAACAAAUAUGAGAAGCUGGCUCCUCUGAAGGACUUCUGGGAGAAGAGGCGGCAGGAACAGGAGGAGCGGCGCAGGCUGGCUGCAGGUGAUAAACACAAUUUUCAUUUGAACGGCCGCAGCCGGCCCUUUAGUUCUAGUCCCCCAAAAAGGAAAUACAAGAUUGCAAACAGACUCAGAAUUCAAAGAAUUCACACUGUGGAGCAAUCACCAAACAAGCAGGGCUCCUCUUCAUCUGAUCGCAAGCAAGAAAGCAGCACUAAAGAUGAGGCGGCCCUCACAGGCAUGCCAUUAACAAUAGCAGCCCCCAGCCGCGCAGCCACAUUAGACUUAAAUGACAUCACGCACACUGGGAUCCUAAAUAGCAGAUCACACGAGAGGGAUGAUAAGGGAAUGGGAAAUAAAAUAGUGAGGAUAAGGAAAUUCAAAAGUGAAGCCAGGCUGAGGAGCAAAAAAAUGAAAGGCGUGCAAGAGGAUGGCAAAGGCAUGACAGAGCUAACAGGGAUUUGCACUGUGUUAGAAAAUCAGGACUCUGUCAGGAGCGUGAAGGAUGCGGCGAUUGACUCGGCUGCAAGCAUCCCCCAUUUGUGUGAAAAUCACACUGCCAGUGCCGCUGAAAAAUCCACUUUCAUAUCAGCCACCUGCUCUCCUGACAAAUCCACGCCAUCUGUGAACGUGGCUACAAGUGUACCAGUCGUCCCCGGAGGCUAUCUGCAGACAUUGUUAGAUGCAUCAGAUUCAUCAGGUAGUGCUGGAAUUCCCUUUUUCCCCCAGCAGGCCUCCAGCCCGUACCAGCUUGGACUUGGCCAGGAGGAGAAGCAGUUCACCUCGCUCCAGCUCGCCCAGAGCUGUGUCCUCUCCCCGCCCUCGGAGUCCGAGCUCCAGCAAUCUCCCCAGAACUCCUCCGGCCAGACAGAGCCAAAUUUCACCCAUAUGUGGCAUUCGCAGCUCGGCCCCGGCCAGCCACCAUUUGCACCUGACAUUCCAGAAACCCCCAUUAUGCCGAACAGCUUUUCUGGCUCCAUGCCUGUGCCAAUGGCAGACAGCUUAUCUGUCUCAGGAUACAGCCAGCUGAACUUGGACAGCGACAGACUGCUCUAUGAGAAGAAUUAUUUGCCUGAGCAGCCCCUGCAGCCCAAUGCUGAUUAUCAGGCGUGUCAGGUACCAUGUGGGGAGGGACAUUUACAGUUUCAGAGAGGCACACUGAACACAGACAAUGGCAGGCUCAUCAGUUUUGACUCAGUGGGUUCGCUGUCAGCUACUUCCAGCAAUUAUAGCUCUCUGAGUCUAAAGUCCUGCGAGAAGGACAGCGAGGAUGACAUGAGCGAUAACUUCUUGGCCCACUGCAGCCCGAAACUGGUGAUCCAGCAAAGCAUCGACGCGAUUACGCCACUGAGGGAGUCGACAGACCUGCUGGAUAUCUCCAACUUCACUCCCGAUAAGUUCCGGCACUCGUCGCUGUCAGAGAUGUCCCCUCCAGACACCCCCAAUUUGUCUCCGCAGGUGCUGGGGCCUGAGAUGAAGGGAGUCGGGAUAGGCAAGGAUUUCCAGGAGGUCCGCGACAUGGCUCUGAGUGGCUCCACCGAGAUGAAGUGGCCAUGCAACAUGGUGCCGCAGCAGGAGCAUCAGGCCGCCGCAUUCUUAGUGAACAGCCACCAUUUCCAGUUCCACACCUUCAACGACGAGGACGGUGUGGGGCUGGCUGAGAAGAAUAUCGGGAUGGACAACAUUGACGAGCAGGCUGGUCAAAUCGAGGGAGGGGCAAAAGGUCAAAGGUCAAAGAAGAAGACCACAAGCAAACAGCAGAAUUCAGGGCCAGGCUCCACCUCAGAGCAAAAGGGGGCAAAGAAAACCAAGGCACCCAAAGGUGCCAAGGCAGAGAAGGGCAAAAUCCCUCGGCAGAAUUCUCGGUCGUCCAAAAAGAUAAAAGCCAUGCUGGAUGGAAAAGCUGGUAAAGGCCAGUCAGGGGCUCAGAAAUUCCGGGAUAACAUGAUACCUCCAAGUCAGUUAAUGAAAGACAGCAUCUGCAUGCCAGGUGGGGGUCUCAUGGGAAUCUCUGGGGACUGGCCCUCUCUGAAGGAACCCAGUACUGGCUGGUCUGAAAGCAACAACCUUCUGGACGAUGACCAGCGAGAGUUCGAGGAGCCCUCCAACAUACUGUCUAACAUUGCCUCUGGGAUGGCCGAGGUCCAGCGGUUCAUGAUGGCCUCCAUUGAGCCACUGUGGGGCCCUGCCUCUGGGGUCUGCCAGCCCCCAGAGUCUAACAGCCUCAAGUUAAAGACACUGAAAAUCCUAGCGGGGACCUCGGCUGACCUUAAGAAGAAGGGAGCCAUGUCCCCAGGAGCCACAAAGGGCCGGAAGUCAAUGGGGAAAGGGGGUAAAAACCAGGCCAAGCUGAAUGCCUCUCAUCCCUUUUUCCCCCCGCUCGCUCUGGGCUGUAACGUGUUUGACAAACCCAACCUAUGCAGUCCCACCAUCAACGGGCCUGCGCACAAAAAGAUGUAUCGUCACAAAACCAGUGCAAAGUUCCCCAGGGUUGAGAGCGUUAAGGGGAAGCGAGCAGAGCGAGACCCAAGUAAGGACUUAGCGUUGAUGGCCUCUUUUGAAAAACUGAGGUAAUAUUGCAUAACUGGCUGCAGUUGCAUCCUUUCUCUCUUUCCUUCCUCUACCUGCUGAGCCCCUCGCCCCCUUAGUCCCCGCCACCCCACUGACUCAGAGCAAGAGUUGCAUGGCAAAGACAUUACCCUUGACUGCCCCCCACAUCCUUUUCCCCAGAAGAAAAAUUGAAUAACUUGCAUGAGAAACUUCUUGUACUUGCCAACUACCUAUUGAGUGAUUGUGUCCAGCUUGACUGGGAUUUGAAAACUACCAUGGCUGCAUUUUUUUCUUGAUCUGUUGCUGCUUCAAUUUUAGUCUUUUGUUUCUUGUUAUUUUGUUUCGGUUCCUAUUUGUCAGAAAAGAAAAAAAAAGCCUUGA